AGGAAGGGGCCCGUGGCGGUGCCCAGGAUGCAGCCCGCCAUGAUGAUGUUCUCCAGCAAGUACUGGGCCCGCAGGGGCAUGUCCCUGGACUCAGCCAUGUUUGACCAGCAGCAUACCGGGGGGAACCUGCUAAAAGAGGGAUUGAAAAUGACUCGUAGGACCUCCUUUGGUCGAAUAGAUGAGAAGCCUGACAAAGAGGUCAACAGUGCAUCCCACGACCCAGGGAAGACUACUGUCAUCUUCUCUGUGAAGAAUGAAGUAGGCUGCUUGGUGAGGGCUUUGCGUCUUUUUCAGGAGAAACACGUGAACCUGGCCCACAUCGAGUCCCGCAGGUGCAAGCGCGUCCCCACGGAGGUGGAGAUCUACGCCGAGUUCAACUGCACCAAGAAGGAGUUUACCGAGCUGGUGCACUACCUCAAAGACCACAUCAACAUCCUGUCCUACAACACACCUCAGCACGUGUGGUCUGCGGACGGAGACUGUGAGGACUGUGUGUGUGUUCUGGGAGGGUUACCAGAUGGGGAAGGUGUGCCGUGGUUUCCCCAGAAGAUUUCUGAGCUGGACCAGUGCUCUCAUCGAGUGCUGAUGUAUGGCUCUGAGCUCGAUGCCGACCAUCCAGGCUUUAAAGACAAUGUGUAUCGUCAGCGGAGGAAGUAUUUUGUGGAGGUUGCAAUGAAUUACAAAUUUGGGCAGCCCAUACCUCACAUUGAGUACACCGAAGAGGAGGUCAAGACCUGGGGGGUGGUGUUCCGCGAGCUCACCAAGCUCUACCCCACCCACGCCUGCCAGGAGUACCUCAAGAACCUCCCACUGCUCACAAAGCUUUGUGGGUACCGGGAAGACAACAUACCCCAGCUGGAGGAUGUGUCCUUGUUUCUCAGAGAGAGGUCAGGGUUCACGGUGCGUCCAGUGGCUGGGUACCUGUCACCACGUGACUUCCUGGCAGGCCUGGCCUACCGUGUGUUCAACUGCACACAGUAUGUGCGUCACAGCACUGACCCACUGUACACACCAGAGCCGGACACAUGCCAUGAGUUACUGGGUCACGUUCCCCUGCUGGCCGACCCCAAAUUUGCUCAGUUCUCCCAGGAGAUCGGGUUGGCUUCCCUAGGAGCGAGGGACGAGGAUGUGCAGAAACUCGCCACGUGUUAUUUCUUCACCAUCGAGUUUGGCCUGUGCAAACAGGGAGGGCAGCUGAGAGCAUAUGGAGCCGGUCUGCUCUCCUCCAUCGGGGAGCUAAAGCAUGCACUCUCAGACAAGGCUACAGUGAGGCCGUUUGAGCCGAAGACCACUUGCGAUCAGGAAUGCCUCAUCACCACCUUCCAGGAGGUUUAUUUUGUCUCAGAGAGUUUUGAAGAGGCCAAAGAAAGAAUGAGGGAUUUCGCCAAAACAAUCAAGAGGCCGUUCUCUGUGUACUACAACCCCUACACACAGAGCAUUGACCUUCUAAAGAACACCAUAAGCAUAGAGAACGUGGUGCAGGACCUACGUAGUGACCUCACCACAGUGUGUGAUGCCCUGGGCAAGAUGAACAGAUACCUGGGUAUAUAAAGUCAUGUUUAUCAAUCCUGCAAGAUGAACAGAUACCUGGGUAUAUAAAGUCAUGUUUAUCAAUCCUAUGUAAACUGUCUGCACUUUGUCACUGGUUAGUUCUAGCCAUCAUGUGUGUGAAUUCAAGAUGCCUUCAAAU